AUGAGCGAGUACCCUGGCCAGGAUGGUCACGAAGAAAAGAUCGGACUCAGGGUCCAUCAUCGACCAUGUCAUCACAAUCAGAGCAGUUUCGACUCGCUAGAUCAGGCCGCUCCGGGAGCUCUGACGCCGGCCAGACCUGGCGAGAUUCCUUUGGAGGAUUAUGGCUCGCCAGGGUGGUAUCAGUCGACGGCUCGGUCCUCCUUUGCAAACACUCCUCUUGAUUCUCGUUCUGCUUCACCAUCCUUGUAUCAAAAUAACCAGAUUCAACAAAGUCACCAGAGUUUGGCCCCCCUCGUGACCACGGCAGCGUCCCCGGUGUUUGUAAAAGACUGGGUUCAAUCAGGAUCGAUAGCUCGCCUUCAUGACCGCGAUGAUGUGGAGAUCUGGAAAGGAUGGAAGCGAUGGGUUUUCCGCUUCGUACCACUCCUCACGCUCGCCAACACGGGUCUGUACCUGUUUUACCUCGGUCUGCGUAUUGCCUGUAUCAUUCUGGCACAGAGAGCGGCAGGUUUUACGUACGCCGGUGCAUGGGUCUUCGUCGCCAUUGAAAUCGCGGUCGCCAUCCCAUCCCUGAUGCACAACUGCUGGACUAUGAUGGCACUCAAGAAACGUGGCAGACCCAAGCUGAGAUUGACGGGCAAUGAGGCUCCCACGGUUGAUGUUUUUGUCACCUGCUGCGGAGAACAGGAUGAGGUGGUUCUUGAUACGGUCCGUGGUGCGUGCGAUCAGGACUAUCCCUCCGACAGGUUCAGGGUCAUUGUGCUCGACGACGGCCAAUCCGCUACUCUGGAAGCAGCAGUGCACCAGUUAUCCAUGACCCAUCCGAAUCUCAUGUACAUGGCCCGAGAGAAAAUUCCCGGAAAGCCACACCACUUCAAAGCGGGCAACCUGAACUAUGGUCUCGAACGAACGAAUUCUCUGCCUGGAGGUGCAGGCCAAUUCAUGGCGGCGCUGGAUGCUGAUAUGAUCCCUGAGCAGGACUGGCUCCGGGCCAUUCUUCCCCACUUGCUCGUCGAUCCCAAAAUGGCCCUUGCAUGCCCUCCACAGCUCUUCUACAAUACCCCUGCUUCAGAUCCUCUGGCACAGAGUCUAGACUUCUUCGUGCAUGUGAUCGAGCCCAUCAAGGACGCGCUUGGUGUGGCCUGGUGUACUGGAUCCGGCUAUGUCGUCCGACGCGAGGCGUUGGAGGAUAUCGGCAACUUCCCUCUCGGCUCGUUGGCCGAGGACGUUGCGACUUCGACGCUGAUGCUGGGUAAAGGGUGGAAGACAGCAUACAUCCAUGAGCCUCUUCAGUUUGGAACCGUGCCCGAGGACUUUGGUGGCCAUCUCAAGCAGCGUACCCGGUGGGCCAUCGGUACCGUCGAUACGGCCGUGAAGCUCAAGUUCUGUCUCUGGGGUGACGGCGUCCGCCAGAUGAGCAUGGCCCAGCGCUUCUCGGGAUUCCUCUACGCCACCCUGAGUUUGUACACCCUCCUGCUUACCGCUUCCCUGUUCGCCAUCCCCAUCAUCCUUCUCUGGGGCAAGCAACUCGUCGCCUAUGCCACCGAGGAACAGCUCCGCUGGCUCAUCUGGGCCUGCUUCGCGGCCAACGUUUCCAAUCGACUUUGUGAAUUCGCCCUCUUCAUCCCCGCUGGCUACCACACUGGCCAGCGCGGCUCCCGCUACCAGCUCUGGAUGGCGCCGUAUAUCGCGCUCUGCAUCGUGCGCUCCUUCAUGCUCCCCCGCUGGCUCGGCGGUCAAGCCCAAGCCUUCAAGCCGACUGGCUCCCUGGGCUCGGCGCUCGAGGAACGCGAUCCGAAACGCCGGAAGAACAUGUUCGUCCGCCUGCGUGUUAUCCUCCUCAACUAUAUGGCCUUCUUCCACCUUGCCUUUGUGUACGUCACGCUCAUUGCGGUGGUGAUCUCGUCGUACCGGUGUUUCGCCAAGGAGAGCAGCUUCCGCGGUAUCAUCCUCUGCCUCAUCACGCACGCGUUCUGGCCGCCACUCACCUUCCUCUUCAUUUGCACUUCGCUGUGGACGCCUGUCGCGUACGCCGUGGACCCGCCUGUGAUGCCCGACCGCGAGGACUUGCUGACGCGGGACUCCAAGACGGGGGUUGCGCACCCAACGCAGAAGAGCAAGAAGAUUGCGUUUGGCGGGCAGGCGGCGUGGUUUGAGUUCCAGUAUGCAGUUGCGACGGCUGCUACGAUAUUGAUUUUUGUCUACUCGUUCUUUUUCUAG